AUGGCCCAGAUUCCCAUGAUAUCGGUGCCUCUCAAGGCAACCAACGAGAUCGACUGGAUACACCCUCUGAAACAUUACAUACAGCACACCUAUGGCGACGAUCCCGAGAGAUAUGCUGAGGAAUGCGCCACCCUAAACCGCCUCAGGCAGGACAUGAGAGGUGCCGGGAAAGACAGCACUGCUGGGAGGGAUCUGCUCUACAGAUACUACGGCCAGCUUGAACUGCUCGACUUGCGCUUCCCCGUCGACGAGCAGCACAUCAAGAUCUCUUUCACAUGGUUCGACGCCUUCACACACAAGCCUACCUCCCAGUACUCCUUAGCCUUCGAGAAAGCCUCCAUCAUAUUCAACAUUUCUGCAGUACUGUCCUGCCAUGCCGCGAAUCAACCCAGGUCGGAAGAGUCGGGUUUGAAGACCGCCUACCAUUCGUUCCAGGCGUCCGCCGGCAUGUUCAGCUACAUUAACGAGAACUUCCUCCACGCGCCCUCCGUCGAUCUGAGCCGCGACACCGUCAAGACGCUCAUCGCCAUCACCCUCGCCCAAGCCCAGGAGGUGUUCCUGGAGAAGCAGAUAGCUGACCAGAAGAAGGUUGGGCUUUUGGCCAAGCUUGCCAGUCAAGCAGGCACUCUAUACAGCCAGUCCAUUGAGGGCGUCCAGGAAAAUGUCACAAAGGCAAUCUUCGAGAAGGUUUGGCUUCUGAUGGUCCAGAUCAAAGCCAACCUGUUAAAUUCCAUGGCCCAGUACUACCAGGCGUUGGCAGAUGACGAUGCUAAUGCUCAUGGUGUUGCUGUCGGUAGGCUCCAAGCUGCCGAGACCCUGGCAAAGGAAGCCAAUAAAGGCGCCUCGAGCUUUCCUGGGUUCGUCCCACCAAGCUCGAAUCUUCAAGCGGACUGUGGUAGCCUCCUUGCUGAGCACACGAAGCGGCAUCUUUCGACUGUUCAGGAGAAACUGAAGGAACUGGCCAAGGACAAUGACUACAUCUACCAUCAAAAUGUUCCCCCAGAGGCUAGUCUGGCUCCCGUGGCCAAACUGCCUGCUGCGAAGCCCAUACCAGUCUCAGAGCUCUAUGCUGGCCAGGAUAUCCAACGGAUAACUGGUCCGGACCUGUUCUCGAAGAUUGUACCCAUGGCAGUGACAGAAUCUGCAAGCCUCUACGACGAAGAGAAGGCGAAAUUGAUUAGGGCCGAAACGGAACGUGUGGAUCUGGCAAACAGCGAAAUGGCUGCGAGCUUGGAUUACCUGAGGCUCCCAGGGGCAUUGCAGGUGCUCAAGGGUGGCUUUGACCAGGACAUACUCCCGGACGAGGAUUUUCGUACAUGGUGUGAUGACGUUGCAGGACAUGAGAAUCCACGCAUGAUUUUCGAAACCUUGAGAUCCGAGAGAGAUUCCACAAUUUCCAUCUUGGAUAAGUGUUCACAGCAGCUGGACAUGGAGGAAGGGGUGUGCGAGAAGAUGCGUUCGAAGAACUACCGCGAGGCUUUGAACGAGGCAUCCAGGAGCGACGCGCAACUUGCUUCGAAGCUGGGACAGAACCAAGACGUCUUCGACGAGAUGCGUUCCGCGGCUCAGCACGGUGAAGUCGACGCGCUGUUCCAGAAGGUUGUGAGCAAGGUGCGCGGAAAAUCAAGUGGUGUAGGAAGCCCUGCAACGGAGCCGAAUCUUCUGGACGCAGAUUUCGAUGACAGUGGGCCCAGCGUCAUGGAUCAGAUUAAGAAGGUCGAGGAGACUUUGAAGAAGUUGAACCUGAUCAAAAGGGAACGGAAUCAGGUCCACAACGACGACAUCUCCCAAAUUCUCAUUUUGAACAAGAAGUCGAUAGCGAAUUAUGAGAACCAGCUUUUCCAACAAGAAUUGGAAAAGUUCCGGCCGCACCAGACUCGCCUGCUUCAAGCAAAUCACAAACAGUCAGCUCUGAUGAAAGAGCUCUCCAUGACGUUCAACAAUCUUCUGCAGGACAAGCGCGUCAGGUCGGAGCAGAGCAAAUACGAGGCCAUUCAGAGGCAGCGGGCCUCGGUUGUUGGGAAAUACAAGCGAGCGUAUCAAGAGUUCCUGGAUCUCGAAGCAGGCCUGCAAAGCGCGAAGAGAUGGUAUGCAGAGAUGAAGGAAACAGUCGAGAGCCUCGAAAAGAACGUGGAGUCUUUUGUCAACAAUCGCCGUUCUGAAGGUGCUCAGCUCUUGAACCAGAUCGAGCAGGAGCGCGCUGCCAACAAGAGUGCGCAAGCCUCACUUGAACAGGAACGCAUCCGCGGCUUGAUGGAGAGGAUGUCGAUGGAGCCUUCCUCAUCGCUACCGAACCCAGCGGAUUCGACACGACCUACGCCAUCACCACUGAACUUCAACAACAACGUUCCGAGAUACCCACAAACGAACUUUGCCGGCCAGUAUCAAGUGCCGACGUCGCCCCCACCUUCUCAGACGCAAAUGCCCCAAUAUCAAAGCGCCUACAAUCCGAGCACGUACGGGCGCACGCCUGGACCUACCUCGCCGCCGCCAACACAGACAAGUUUCGGUUUUAUGCUGCGCGAUGAGGCCGCGCGCGACCGAGUGCGCCAGGCCGAGGAAUUCCUUGAUCCACAUGACCAAAAUGUACGAAGCUAUAGGUCCGACAUUAUUCUGAUGCUGCAGAAGAAUCAGAGGAGAUUGGUAGUCAACAUAGACCACGUCCGCGACCACAAUCCGCAGAUUGCAGAGGGACUCCUCGUAGAACCCUUCGACUACACGCUCGCUUUCAACCAUGCCCUCAAACAGAUCGUCAAGACAAUCCCACAGGCGCGACCAGACCAGACCGAUGACGAGGUCAUGUACUACUGUGCCUGGUCUGGCAGCUUCGGCCUGCACGCCUGCAACCCCCGCACCCUUUCCGCCCACCACCUGAACCACAUGGUCUCCAUUGAGGGUAUCGUGACGCGAACCUCCCUCAUUCGGCCCAAGAUCGUCAAGAGUGUGCACUACAACGAGACAGAGAACAAGUUCCACUUCCGGGAAUACCGAGACCAGACCAUGACCAACGGCGUCACCACAAACAGCGUCUACCCACAAGAAGACGACAAGGGGAACCCGCUGAUGACCGAGUACGGCUGGUGCACCUACAGAGACCACCAGAGCAUUUCCAUACAAGAAAUGCCCGAACGAGCACCGGCUGGGCAGCUCCCUCGCGGUGUCGAUGUCAUUCUCGAUGAUGACCUAGUCGACAAGGUCAAGCCUGGUGACCGAAUCCAGCUUGUCGGAAUCUACAGGACGCUGGGUAACAGGAACGCGAAUCACAGCAGCGCACUGUUCAAGACAGUAAUACUGGCCAACAACAUCGUCCUUCUCGCGUCAAAAUCUGGAGGCGGCAUAGCCACUGCCCCUAUCACCGAUACCGACCUGCGAAACAUUAACAAGGUCGCCAAGAGCAAGAAUCUGUUCGAGAUGCUCUCCCAGUCGCUGGCGCCUAGCAUUUAUGGCCACGAUCACAUCAAGAAAGCUAUCCUCCUCAUGCUUCUGGGCGGAAUGGAGAAGAACUUGGAGAAUGGCACCCACUUGCGUGGUGAUAUCAACAUCCUCAUGGUCGGUGACCCCUCUACCGCCAAGUCACAGCUCUUGCGAUUUGUCCUCAACACUGCUCCUCUGGCUAUCGCGACAACUGGUCGUGGAUCUUCAGGUGUAGGUCUCACAGCUGCUGUUACUUCGGACAAAGAGACUGGCGAGCGCCGCCUUGAAGCAGGUGCCAUGGUGAUGGCUGACCGUGGCGUGGUCUGUAUCGAUGAGUUUGACAAGAUGUCCGACAUUGAUCGUGUCGCCAUUCACGAAGUCAUGGAGCAGCAGACUGUCACAAUCGCAAAGGCUGGUAUCCACACUUCGCUCAACGCACGAUGCAGUGUUGUCGCGGCUGCCAACCCAAUCUUUGGCCAGUACGACCCCCACAAGGACCCGCACAAGAACAUUGCGCUGCCCGACUCGCUUCUCUCGCGUUUCGAUCUUCUGUUUGUUGUCACGGACGACAUCGAGGACACCCGUGACCGGCAAGUAUCGGAGCAUGUCCUUCGCAUGCAUCGAUACCGCCAGGCCGGAACAGAAGAAGGUGCACCUGUGCGCGAAAAUGCCCAACAGUCCCUCAGCGUUGGUGGCCAAGCGCAGAACGACUCUCAGCGGCCCACCGACGUCUACGAGAAAUAUGAUGCGAUGCUUCACGCCGGGGUCACUGGCCGUGGCUCCAAGAAGCCCAAAGUACUCAGCAUCCCCUUUAUGAAGAAGUACAUCCAGUACGCGAAGACUCGCAUAAAGCCCGUCCUAUCCCAAGAUGCUGCGGACCGCAUCGCCGACAUCUAUGUUGGCCUGCGUAACGACGACCUUGAGGGCAACCAGCGCCGUACGAGUCCCAUGACAGUGCGUACGCUCGAGACGCUCAUCCGUCUGGCGACCGCGCACGCCAAGUCACGACUGUCCAACCGCGUCGAGGAGCGCGACGCCGUGGCCGCGGAGAGCAUCCUGCGAUUCGCGCUGUUCAAGGAGGUCGUGGAGGACGAAUCCCGCAAGAAGCGCAGGCGGACGACGGCGCAGCCGCUGAGCUCGGACUCGGACGACGACUCGUCGAGCGAUGACGACGAGGACGGAGACCAGCGUGCGUCGGCGCGGAACAGCCGGUCGGCGCGCGCGUCCGCAAGGGCGAGCCGUGCCAACGCUCGCGGGCGGGCGAAUGGGGCCAACGGCACCAACGGCACCAACGGCCACACCAACGGCACACACGAGCCGUCAGAGCAGCAAGAAGAUGACGACGACGAGGAGGAGGCCGAGGAGGCCACGCCCCGGCGCUCCGGCCGCACGGCCGGCAGCAACGGGCAGUCCCAGUCGCAGUCCAACCUGUCGUUCGCGUCGUCGGUGCCGGCCUCGCAGCUGGAGUCGCAGAGCGCGGGCGAGAGCCAGGACGACUCCCAGCUGGCCAGCGGCGCCGCCGGCCUGAGCCUGGGCGCCGAGGAGGCCGCGCCGAUCAGCGACGCGCGGUUCUCGGCGUUCACGGCCGCCCUGGGCCCGCUGAUGGGCACGGACCUGUUCGAGGACGACGCCGCCGACGUGGACGAGCUGAUCGAGGGCGUCAACGGGCGGGUCGGCUCCAGCAGCGGCGGCGCGUUCAGCAAGGAGGAGGGCAUCAAGGCGCUGAAGAGGAUGGACGAGCACGCCAUGAGCAUCAUGUGA